AUGACAUGGCUUAUUUGCUGUACAAGGUGUUUAUUGCCAACUGUUGAUCAAGAAACAGGAAUACGUGAUCCAGAUCAACAACCAUGGAAAACAUUGAAAACUUAUCGACUGAAACCUGAAUUGUAUAGUGUCUUUUCCCAUUUUGGUAUUCGUUUAGCAUCAGAUACCAACGGAAUUAUUCGUGUUGGCGAUGAAAUUGAAAUUUUAAAAGAAAAUAAAAAUUUUUGA